ACUCGACAGCAGCCCAAGCUAGCAAGUGUUGCCUUGCUCUAUACGGCGCUGUUUUGGGACAAAAUAAUGUUUCAUUUUGUGGUCUAAAAGCACUUUUAGUUCGUUUUAAUCUUCAGGCGGAUGACCUUUGAGGGGAUUUAUUGUCGAGAUGAUUCCCACAGAGGACGCUUCUGCCCGGAAGAGGGAAAUUGAGGAGAAACUGAAGCAGGAACAAGAGACGCUGUCAUUCAUCCGCGAGAAUCUGGAGAAGAGUGAUCAGCUGACCAAUGGCAUGGUGUCCAUUCUGUCGUCGUUCGAGAGCCGCCUCAUGCAGCUGGAGAACUCCAUCAUCCCGGUCCACAAACAGACGGAGAACCUGCAGCGUCUGCAGGAGAACGUGGACAAGACGCUGUCGUGCAUGGACCACGUCAUCAGCUACUAUCACGUUGCCAAAGACACCGACCGGAUCAUCAGGGAGGGACCGACAGGCCGAUUGGAUGAAUACCUGGCUUGCAUUGCCAAGAUCCAGAAAGCUGUGGAAUACUUCCAGGACAACAAUCCCGACAGCCCCGAACUCAACACAGUGAAAGCCCGCUUUGAGAAGGGCAAAGAGUUAUUGGAGGCCGAGUUCCGCAGCCUCCUGACACGCUACAGUAAGCCGGUUCCGCCCAUCCUCAUCCUGGACGCCAUCAGCGUGGACGAGGAGCUGGAGGUUCAGGAGGACGUGGUCUUGGAACACUUACCUGAAGCCGUGCUCCAAGACAUCAUCUGCAUAGCUUGCUGGCUGGUGGAAUACGGACGGAACCAAGAUUUCAUGACCGUCUACUUCCAGAUCAGGUCCAGUCAGCUGGAUCGCUCCAUCAAAGGCCUCAAGGAGCAUUUCCGUAAGAACAGCGCCUCCUCCGGGGUCUUGUACUCGCCGGCGGUCCAAGCCAAGCGCAAAGACACGCCCACCAAGAAGGUUCCCAAGAGGCCAGCUCUGCUUUCUCUACUUCCUCUUCUUCCUCCUGGCUGUCGGGACCUUGCCGCCCCUCCCUCUCCUCGGGUCCCAGGGACCAUUCGCAAGGCUCAGAACCUUCUGAAACAGUACUCACAGCAUGGGCUGGAUGGGAAAAAGGGGGGUUCUAACCUCACACCUUUGGAAGGUUACGAUCACGACCUGCGGGUCAGACACAUCACUGACGCUCUGGCCGACAAGCACGGGGGCUCCGCAGGUAAAGACGACGUGCUGGACAUCGAGAUCGACUCGUACAUCCACUGCAUUAGCGCCUUCAUCAAGCUGGCGCAGAGCGAGUACGCCCUCCUGACGGAGGUCAUCCCCGAGCACCACCAGAAGAAGACCUUUGACUCCCUUAUUCAGGAGGCGCUGGACAACCUAAUGCUGGAGGGAGACAACAUUGUGUCUGCAGCUCGUCGGGCCAUCAUGAGACACGACUAUUCUGCUGUCCUCACCAUCUUUCCCAUCCUCCGACACCUGAAGAUGAACAAGUCCGACUUUGACACCACGCUGCAGGGCACGGCGGCGAGCACCAAGAACAAACUUCCCACGCUCAUUACGUCCAUGGAGACCAUCGGAGCCAAAGCUCUGGAGGAGUUUGCAGACAGCAUUAAGAAUGAUCCCGACAAGGAAUACAACAUGCCGAAGGACGGAACCGUGCACGAGCUGACCAGCAAUGCCAUCCUCUUCCUGCAGCAGCUGCUCGACUUCCACGAGACCGCCGGAGCCAUGUUGGCCUCGCAAGUACUGGGGGACACUUACAAUAUCCCUUUAGACCCCCGAGAGUCCAGUUCGUCAGCAAGCAGCUACACGUCCGAGUUCAACAAGCGGCUCCUCAGCACGUAUAUUUGUAAAGUUCUGGGGAAUCUUCAGCUAAACCUACUGAGCAAGUCCAAAGUGUAUGAGGACUCAGCUCUGAGUGCCAUCUUCCUCCACAACAACUACAACUACAUCCUCAAGUCUCUGGAGAAGUCCGAGCUGAUCCAUUUGGUAACGGUGACCCAGAAGCGUGCAGAAGGUUCCUACCGGGAACUGAUCGAGCAGCAGAUCCAGAUGUACCAGCGCAGCUGGCUCAAAGUCACCGAACACCUCACGGACCGCAACAUGCCCGUCUUCCAGCCGGGCGCCAAGCUCCGGGACAAAGAGCGCCAGGUCAUCAAGGACAAAUUCAAGGGUUUUAACGACGGCCUGGAGGAGCUGUGCAAGAUCCAGAAGGGUUGGGCCAUCCCGGAUAAAGAGCAAAGAGACUUCAUCCGGCAGGCCCAGAGGAGGGUGGUGUCGGACGCCUACAGAAGCUUCCUGCACAGGUGCGCCAACAUCUCAUUCACCAAGAACCCAGAGAAGUAUCACAAGUACCGUCCAGAUGAGGUGGAGGACAUGAUCGAGAAGCUCUUUGACACCUCCGCUUGAGCCCCGCCCCCAGUGUCCCCAGUGUUGUGUGCGUGCGUGCGUGAUUUAAUCAUGGCAUUAUUAAAAGCAAUGUUUGGAUGCUAAUUAGCAAAAUAUCUCCCCCUGCUUCCUGUCAGUCAGUCGUGGCUUUCCUGAGUUGUGACUGUACCUAUUGAUUAGGACGGGACGACCAGUGUGUUUCCUGCAAUAAUGAUGAAGAGGUCACAUGAUAUGACAGUUAUUAAACAAGUGACCUACGACCUGUUUGUCUCCUGCAUCUACUGAACAAGACAAAAACAAGACACGGGAAGAUGCGAGACCUCUGGGCGGCCAGCAGAGGGCAGCAGAAACGAUCUGAUGUUUAGUGAUGCUCUUCAGCGAGAUGACGUCCGGUCAACAUCCUGCAGGCAUGGCGGCCUGUUGGACCGGCUUGCGUGACGCAUCAGCAGAGGUGAACUUGAAGACUUCUUCUGCUGGGCAUCCUUCCCCACUUGCAGAGGACCCUGAAUGAUUACACCAGUCCACUCAGGACUUCGACCUCUGCUGCUCCUCACGCUUGCUCACAAGGUUCUGACUCGACCCGGACCUGACCCACUGCUCCACGACACCUCCACGG